AUGUUCGCUCAACGUUUCGGUCCGCAGGCGCUCCUGCGCAGCGGCGGCCGUAUGUUCGGCCCUAGCGACAAUGCCAUUGUGCGCAACAUUGAGGCCUGCACCGAGAUCGCAGACAUGCUCAAGACCUCCCUGGGGCCAAAUGGCAUGAAGAAGCUCAUCGUGAACCACAUCAACAAGCGCUUCGUGACGUCCGAUUGCGAGACCAUCUUGGGCGGCAUCGAGGUGGAGCACCCAGCGGCGAAGGUGCUGGCCAUGGCCGUCCAGACCAUGCAGAACGAGUUUGGGGAUGGAACCAACUCGCUGAUCGCUCUCGCCGGCGAGAUGUUGGGAAAUGCAUCGCUGCUUCUGGGCGAAGGACUGCACAUAUCCGACAUUCGCCUGGGCUACGAGAUCGCGUACAACCGCCUGCUCGAGCUUAUCGAAGACGAGGUCAUAUGGAAGGUCUCCAACAUCCGCGACGAGGCGGAGCUGUCGCUGGUGGUCGGCACCAGCAUCGCCGGCAAGCACAUCUCACGCCCCCAGUUCAUAACCUCCUUGGUCGCCAGGGCGUGCGCGUCCAUCAUCCCGCCGGACCCGAAGUGCUUCGACGUCGACAACGUCCGCGUGGUCAAGAUCUGCGGAGGCAGCCUGGACCAGUCCACCGUGAUAAACGGCAUGGCGGUGGUGCGCGACACCAGCGGCACCGUGAAGAAGGUGGGACGCACCAAGGUGCUCGUCGUAGCCGGCGGUCUGGAGUUCGCCGGCACCGAGGCCAAGAGCACCGUGAUGCUGCACACGGCCGAGGAGCUGCUCAACUUCAGCAAGGGCGAGGAGGCUGAGAUGGAGCAGGUGAUCCGCUCCAUAAAGGACAAGGGCGUGAGCUGCGUGAUUGCGCAAGGCGCGGUGUCUGACCUCGCGCUCCACUACUGCAACGCAAUGGGCAUCAUGGUCGUCAAGAUAACGUCGAAGUUCGAGCUGCGCCGCCUGUGCCGCUCCCUGGGGGCCACCGCCGUCGUCAAGCUGGAGGAGCCGAGCGAGGACGACCUCGGCGUGGUGGAGUCGGCCGAGGUGACGGAGCUGUCGUCGCAGAAGAUCAUCGUCUUCAAGGCGGCCGAGCACAGGCUCUCCACCAUCAUCCUCAAGGGCGCCACGCAGGGCAUGCUGGACGAGAUCGAGCGCGCCAUAGACGAUGCGUUGUGCUGUAUCAGCGCUGCUAUUCGUGACCCGCGCUUCCUACCCGGCGGCGGCGCCUUCGAAAUCGAGAUGGCGCGCAAGCUGGCCAAGUUCGCGCAUACCCUGUCGGGGCUGGAGCAGCACGCCGCGCUCAAAUUCGCCGAGUCCUUCGAGGUCAUCCCCAAGGUGCUGGCCGCGAACUCCGGCCACGACGCGACCGUGGUCAUCACCGAGCUGUACGCCGCCCACGACGCGGGCGACCGCUUCGCGUGUGUCAGCUCCGACAUCGAGCACCGCCUAGCCAGCGCGGAGACGGGCCGUGUGUACGACCAUUACGUGGUCAAGCUAUUCUGCAUCAAGCUCGCGUACGAGGCCGUCUCGACGAUCCUGUCCGUGGACCAGCUCAUCAUGGCGAAGCCUGCGGGCGGCCCCAAGCCCCGGCAGCCCGGCCCGCCCGACCUUUAG